AUGGAUCCAGCACCUUAUGGAGGGUUCAUGACCCGCACGAUCGACGAAGAAAACGAUCGAGGAAAAAAAUUGGAGCUGCAGCAGGUGGAUGUUUCCAUCAACGGCGAAUCCCAUACCUUGCGCCCAGAAGCUCUCCACAUACGAGGCGUUGACAACUUGUCCACCGAAGACAUCCAGGCAUUUGUUGAUUACUACAUCAAUUACACGAAAACAGAUGCUGGCUACGAAGCUGUGGAUGAACUCACGUGGUUUCGUGUGCAAUGGAUUGACGAUACCAACGUCAACGUGGUAUUCAAGACCCACGAGGAUGCCAAUCUGGCUUUGACCAAAUUGUCCAUCUCCAGCGGGCCAAACGGCACGUCCGAAGUCUACAAUGGAGGCGAACUUUCACAGGAAUACGUGCUGUCCAUUGUUCAGGAGAGGGAGUCCAAGCCAUACAACCCCAGCAUUGCGUUUCACAAGUACCAGAAGGAGAUGAAGAGAUUAGCAGAGGAGGAGAAGGACUUGUUUGAGGCAAAGAAAGAGCUUGUGGAAAAGGAGAAGGAGGAUGCGGUUGAAAUGGAUGAGGAUGAAACAUCAGUGGUGUUAUACAUUAGACAGUCGUUACAAUCUGACCGCAAGGUCAAGAACGCAGCUGCCUACUCAAGAUACUAUUUGCUCCAUGGCGAGCCAGACAGACUGAAGCCAAGAAGAGGGCGUAAUGGUGGUGGCAGAGGCAACUUUUCUAGAGACCUGGAUAGACAGACCCGGGACCUGGGCGAGGAUUUGUUUGCAGAAAAGCUCAAAACUAGAGCAAGAAGAGAGGUUGAUGAGGAUUUGUUUGCUGACAAGUUGAGAGAGCGCUCGCCAACGAGACAAUAA